AUGCCAACAGUUUGUUUGAUGUCCAAGAAAAGGAACACCCAAUGCUGUGGAAAUCAGUUAAUAUCGACAAAAAAUGGUUGCUGUAAUGAAACAACUCCUUUCAACAAGACUAUAUCAGCUUGCGAAAAAAAACAAAUUGUUCCACGGUUCCAUGACUUUUGCAAUGGAAUACUAUACGAUAAACGGAAACAGAUAUGCUGCGACGAAUCCAAACUCUACAACAAAUCCUCUUUUGACAAACAUAUCCGCUGCUGCGGGGAGUCUUUGUUUGAUAACAGGCGCGAACAGUGCUGUGAAAGGGCGGAUAUAACCAAAGUCCAGCCCACAACAGGGCACUGUUGUGGGACAGGUCUUUACAAUUCAUCCAAUGAAAUCUGCUGUCAUAACAACGUAUACGACUCAUCAAAUGGAACAAUUCAAUGUUGUGGGAACGGUUCAUUUGACAAAAGACACCAGACAUGCUGUCAUGGUAUAGUGCAUAACAUAAAACACGUGAGCGACCCUAAAUGUUGUGGUAAAGACGUAUAUUCGACAGCGUCACACCUAUGCUGCAGUGGUGACCAAAUAAUAAAGAAAAAUGCCUCUGACCACGAUCAAUGCUGUCUUCGGAAUUCAGAGUUCUACUCGUGCAAACACCAGCCAAGGAGACCAUCAAUAUUUUGUGGGUACCAGCGGUAUAACAGUCAGACAGAUCUUUGCUGCAAUAAUCAGGUCCACAAGGGCGCCAAGGAAACUGGAAGAGAAUGCUGUCACCCUGGAAAAAAGGAUUAUGAUCCAAGAAAUGAGAAAUGUUGUCAUGGUUUGGUGAAAAGUAUUGCCGAGAGUUGCAGUGAGCAGUCGGACACCCCCAGCUCCUCCACACAAAGUAGCAUUUGUAGUAUUAUCUCUCAAAAGUGGACUACUUGGAAUAUGAGAAAAUCUGUGAACAUCGGAAGUCUAGAUAUUUGUAGGAGAAAUGGUUACGUAAUCAAAGUCCAUCAUAUCAAAUGUUUCAACUCGACCAAAGAAUUAUCACCGAGGAUGAUAUUAACGGGGACAGCAAAACAGAACUUCUACAACGCCACAGAUGCAUUGUCUAAGAGAAAAAUCAUCAAAAUCGAUCUACCUUGCAGCUGUAACAAUCAUUAUAAACUGAGAAAAAAGAGAAUUCUUCUUGUGACCGACAUUGAUUUGAAGGUUCCUCACAGAACAUUCCACCUCGGGGACAGCGAUAUCAUUCUUCCCUACAAAAAGAAGGUGCUAAAGGAUGUAAAGAAGAGGAGAAAGUCAGCGGUUUGCGAGCCUCAGAACUGCGUUAAAAAUCGAAGCCGCUAUCCUAGCCGCUAGAUAUCUAGUUGUCUCAGACCGCUAUACCUCAUCGUCUCAAUCCGCUGUCCGGAGUCCGCAUAGAGCUCUUUUUGGCCGUGGUUUGUGACGAUGACUCUACCUCAACUAGUCGACAGGUGACGGCCAUCAGAUUUUGGAUACAAAUGUAUUUAUAUCUCUGGUAAUAAUUAGUUUUUGAAUCAAAAUGGGCCGAAGU